ACUAUGACAAACUUUACCAUGAGCGGGUUUCUUCUCCUGGGGUUUUCUGUCAAGCCUGAGCUAGAAAUCUUCUAUGCUUCCCUGUUCCUAGUCCUGUACUUGUUGGCUUUAACUGGCAACAUGCUCAUCAUCACCACAACUUCCCUGGAUGACAGUCUCCAGUCCCCCAUGUAUUUCUUCCUGAAGCAUCUCUCCUUGCUGGAUCUCUGCUAUAUUUCUGUGACCGUACCGAGAUUCGUUUACAACUCUUUCAUGCAUAGUGAAACUAUUUCUCUCUUGGAAUGCAUCGUGCAGGUCUUUGCUUUCACUCUCUGUUGCUCUGCUGAGGUGUUCAUGCUCACGGUUAUGUCCUACGACCGUUAUGUGGCCAUCUGCCUUCCCCUGCGCUAUGAUGUCAUCAUGGAUGUCAGAACCUGCGUCCAUGGAGUCACCGGUGUCUGGGUCAGUGGGACCAUCUCUGGAGUCAUGCAUGCGGCUGCUACUUUCUCCAUCCACUUCUGUGGCCCCCGCGUCAUUCACCAGUUCUUCUGUGAUGUUCCCCAGAUCCUGAGGCUCUCCUGCUCCAAUGAGUAUCUGGGUGAUGUUGGUGUCACUGCAUUUGUGUCUCUGCUGGCAUUUCUUUGUUUCUUGUUUAUUGGAUUCUCCUACAUGCACAUAUUUUCGUCUGUACUGCGCAUGCCAUCUGCAGAGGGCAGAGCCAAGGCCUUUUCCACUUGCCUCCCCCACCUUGUUGUGGUCAUAUUGUUCUUUUCUACUGGUGCCUUCGAGUAUUUCAAGCCUCAUUCUGAAUCUCCAACUGCUCUAGACGUUUUUCUUACUAUUCUUUACACAGUUGUUCCCCCAACAUUCAAUCCAGUGAUCUAUAGUCUGCGAAAUAAAGCUAUCAAGUCGGCUAUAAGUAAUGUUUUUCAAAGAAGAGUAGCAGAUCUCUUUUGUUAA